UCCAGAGACGACGACCAUUUCUACACUUUCUCUUCUCCUCCACUAACUCUACGAUCGAUGGGUUGCAUCCGGCCCGCAACACCAGGUUUCCUCCUCACGGCCCUGGCAACAGCUCUUCUUGCCGUCGUAUCGUUUUGUGUCCCUUACUUCAAGUCUAUUUUCUUCUUGCAAGCCGAUAUUUCGUCGAAUGGAGUGAGUGGGUCCAUCACAUUUGGGACGCUGGGCUACUGUGUCAAUCUGGCGGGCACAACGACUUGCUCAAAGCCAGCGAUAGGAUAUGAGCUUGACAUCAACGGUCUUGUCGGGAACAGGCUGCCCAUCCAGAUUCCGACAGUCGUCGUCAAAUGGCUCACAUACGCUCUUUUCCUCCAUGUCAUUGCCCUUAUUCUUGCUGCGGGGGCCGCUAUAUUUGGCCUCUUGGCGCACGUCCGGGAGAUGUCGAUGACCUAUUGCUCCACCCUGAUUUCGGGCUUCGCAGCGGUUGUCGCCCUUCUGGCCUUCAUCUUCGACUUGGUCCUAUUCUUCAUCGCCAAAUCCCGCAUAAACGCUGUCGGCAAAGCUACUAUGGGCAAUGCUAUCUGGCUAACCCUCGCCGCCUGGAUUCUGCUGUUCUUUAGUGGAUGCUUUUAUACUGUUGGAAGAUGUUGCAUCUCUAACCGCAAACGCGGCGACUGGGACAAUCGCAAGACUGCCCCAGACCCCCAUGCCGCUUAUCGUGCUGAAGAAGGACUUCGUUUGGAUGCGAUCAAGGCUGAAGCUGACCGCAAGGCACGCCAAAAGGCCAGCGAAGAGGGUGGCUUACCCGCUUUCCAUGAAAGACAGCCCCUCAACACAACGGCUUACGAUGAUGGAUCCAAUGUCUACACAGAUAAACCCCAUACAGUUGGUGGUUAUGCGCCUGCCACUCCCGGAACUCGGACCGUCGACCAGUAUUAUGAGAAUGCCUACAACUCGUCGGCUUAUCCUCCUCCUCCCCAGCGCAAUAAUAAUAAUUACGCGCCUUCGACUUAUAGCAACAAUGCACCUCCACAGCGUCAAAACACAUACCCCACACAACAAUACCAGUCGACACCACCAGCACAACCAACCUACCAAGCCACUCCUCCAGCCCAACAACCGUACCAAUCCACUCCUCCUGUCCCACUGCCAUAUCAAUCGACUACUCCACAACAGUCAUACCCUCCGCAACAAUCGUUAUCACCACCACCGGGCGGUUUUGCCGCACUGGGUGCAAUUCGAACUGCAUCUCCUCAGCAGCAACAGCCAAACCCUUACCUUGACCCCAACCCCAACCCCAACCCAUACUUGGGUCACGCUCCUCGAGGAACGUCUUAUCACUCUGCUGCUUCACAUGGUGGAGAUUACUCGCAGUACGAUCCGUAUGACGCCGGAGUAAAUGCACAGGCGCAAGGAGCCGAGUAUUUCAACCAGUCUCCUUACACCACCCAAUACAACACGCCGCAAGGCCAAUCUCAGUAUUCAAAUAGUCCAGCCCAUGACGACCCUUACGGCGGGUAUUCUGGUGGGGGUGAUGGCUAUGGGCAGAAUACCGUUCCGCCGUUGGCUACGAGUGGCUACUUCCCUGCAGCUGGCCCAUCGGCGGACAUGCCUCCCAAAUCACCCUCGUCGCCAAAGGGUCCGAGAAGCCACCGACAUUCGCUCCGCGCAAUGAACAUCGCGGAGGAAGAGCCACCUCGGUAUGAACAAGGGUCAGAACAUGUACCGGGGGCCUGGGGCAAGAGCUAG